AUGAGCAGCCCGCCGGCCUUCGAUAAUCCUGAUACAUCUGUGCGACAGUCUGCACGUAGUAAUGACGAGAAACUGGAGUUGGCCGUCAAAUACAUGCGGGAGGACCUAUACUUCAGUAUUGGCGACUUCAUCAGAGCACUGUCAACUUCCAAAUGUGCAGCCAGUGGCAAGAGAAGAGCUGCAUUUUCUAAUGCUGCAUAUGAGGAUCCCGCGGUCCUGAAAAUAUAUAUGGGAGAUAAGGAAUUGGUGGACGAAAGGCAGGCACAUGCCCGAUCUCUCCUCGUCCGUCACCUUGAUGCCGGGCGCGUCAACUUGCGGCGGGAGGUUAAGAAGCUAUGCGAGCUGCCACCCUUUCACGCACCACAGCAGGAUGCCAGCGCCUUGACACGACUGAACAUGGGCAAUGUCAUCCAAACCGCGGAGGAUAGUUGUCCGUUACUCAUGAGCAUUCUCCGUACCACAAUGAUGCCAUGGCAUGUCAAUUCGGCUAGCAUUGAAGAGCAGUAUAGCCCACAGCAAGGAAGUCUCGUUACUAUACUGGCAGUGAUGUGCCGCUCAAUGCAUCUCAGAGAGGCAUCAGGUUUCCAGCUACAAAUGGGUAUAUAUCUACACUCCAAAGGUGUCAAAAGAAGGCAACUGGAAGCUUUGUACCGGCUUGGGCUUUGCAGCUCUUACCAGACAGUUUUACGUGCUGUCAAGAGACAGUCAGAUGCAGCCGUCGGCGAAGUGACAACAAGAGGAUGGCAGCCAACAGUCAUCACAGCAUACGACAACUUCGAGCAGAUUGAACAUGUUAAAGAACAGCAAGUUGGCCAUGACAACUCGUUUCAAUCAGUAACGACUGGUUAG